CAAGAACUGUACAGAAAAAACAAAGUCACCUCCAUCGUUAGAUCACUGCACGUAUUUGGAUGCUGCGGUGUUAUGAUCUAAUCAGGAAUGAAGGCUGUGCUCCAAUCUCCAAACACUUUCUCCAACAAUGUGAAGAAAAAGACAAUUCAACCUCUGAGCCAACUGGUGGAGGAAACAAGGAAGACUUCCAAAGUCUCUCAUCACCUUCUUGAAACUAGGAGUUUUGCCAAUGUUAAGUGCAAUAAUGUGGUUGUGGCUGAACCAUCAGAACUGCAUUUUAGUGGGUUUGAAGUGGGAAAGGAGUACAAAAAGUCUGUGAAGCUGAUCAAUAUUUAUCCUGAGGUGAUCCAGGUCCACAUUCUUCCUACUCAAACCAAGUACUUUCGAACUGAAUGUAUGCAAAAGAGUCGUCUAGCCCCAGGUCUCUCUCACACUAUUACUGUGCACUUCAGUCCAGAUGAGUGGCGCUACUUUUUUGACAGCAUCCGGAUUCAUUGCAAGGGGGAGGAGAACCUGCUGGUUAAUAUUCAUGCUUAUCCUGUCAUUGAUGAUCUCAAUAUACCAUCUCAAAUAAAUCUGUUUCCUGUGCCACUGGGACAAAGCUCCACUUGUGUAAUUCCUCUGAGCUGCAGUUGUCCAGUAGACUUUGAGUUCCAGGUGCAGUGCUUGAAGUCCCACGAAGCAUUUAGCAUAUAUCCUUUCUCAGGAAUCAUCCCAGCCAAAGGGAAGACAGAUUUAUCAGUGACAUUCUUACCAGAGCAGUAUGGAAUGGCUGAAAUCACCCUACAGCUUGUCAUCUCUCAGUUCAACUUAAAACCAUUUAUCUGCACAUUAACUGCAUCCUGUUCUCCCAAUCUUACUCUAAACCACCAGAAAGAAAAUAAAGAGGAUUCUAAAACUGCAGAAGAUGUACAAACAGAAAAGGUUAUGUACAUUGUUGCUCCCAAACUAAGGGCUAAAUUGACACCAAGGUUAGAGAAGCACAAUAAAAAGAAGAUAAAAUCAGACACAUAUACACAGAUCUCUGAUGUCGCUCUUUCCAAACAUGGACUUGUUAAAAUGCUCAUUCAGCGGCAAGACAAAAUGAGCUACAAGGAUCUCAGAGAGGCCAUGUCCCAGACCACUUCUGCAUACCAGACAAGACAGAUGAAAGAAGCUGCAUUUGAAAAUCAAGUUCGAAUAUAUGCCCAAAAAGCUAAUCAAUUUCAAUGGCAGGUGCAGCUAGGCGACGAUUUGUUCUCAGCAGAACAGAAAAUACAGAUUCUGAAGGAACAGGAAGUUGCAGCUUCUAUGUAUAUGAUGAACAAAGACAUGGAUGGCAGGGAAAUGGAUACUAACCAGGUUUUCCCAAAACUGUCAUCUCAUCGUGUUGUACGUUGUGCUGGACAGAUACCUGACUGCACUCCUGUGUUUGACAGUUAUGGCAGUAGCCAACUGGAGGUGAGGUGGCGAGCACUUCGACUCUUCCAACAAGCUGUUCGUAAGGUCAUUCUGCAAAUCUGUAUGAAUAAAAGGCUGCUUCGUUUGCGAGAUGUAGCUUCCAGUACAAAGAGGCAAGUCAGGGGAGAAAAAAACAAAGACAUGUAUGAAAAGAAAGAGCUUUUAAAUCUAUCAUCAGGAAAGAUGCAGCCCUUUAUGUCACCCAUCGUUCCUCCUACAAAACACCCUGAAGAACUUCUCAUUAAUACAAUUGGAAAGGUUCAAGUAGGGUUACUUGUAGAAAAUGUGACUUCCAGCAUUCCACUUUUUAAACUAAAGGUUCCUCAGCAUUACAAGCUCAUGGGGUAUCAGAAGGUCACUUUGUACGAUUCCAAAGACUUUUUUGCCCCCAAAACCCAGUGUAGACAGUUGCGCACAGGAACACAGAAUGAACCUCUGCCCAUGGUGUUAUCUCCUGAUCUAAUCCCUUACAAAGAGAAGGAGCUGCAGGAAGAGGAGAGACCAGAGCCAGACCUCAACCACAUGCUCCUUUUCAGUACUCCUCAUAAUGUGUUGAAGCCACAAAAUGUCCAUCCUCUCAGGAUAUUUAACCCUGCUCCGAGUGUGUAUGCCUUCAAACCAACCCCAUUAUACCUAGAGAGUGACCCAGAGUUCCACCUUUGUCCACACACAAGACACACCAUCUGCAAAAACAGCACUCAAAAGAGAUUUUUAGACAGAGAGGACAUCAUGAAAGGAACCAUGAUAUGGAAGAAGGUUCCCUGUGUGGCACUGAGCACUGUUUCCUCCAUUCCAGCACAAACCAGCAGUUGGACCCCACGCAUGCGUGACCCUUUCACUAGUUUGGUGCUGCCCCUGGAAACCCCACCAUCACUGAAGGACCUUCCUGACAACAUCAGAGAAGACAUUUCAUUUGAAGAGGCUGAAGAUACAGGAGUCAGGCUGAAUCCUGACAUGGUUCACGCUGAGUUCGUGGCAUUUGAAAAUUCACCUUUUAAAACUUCCAAAGAAGAUUCCAUUAAGGAUGACAGAGACACACAUGAAAAGCCAUUGGAAUCAAGUUUGAAAUCACCAACCAACAAACUGGGAUCUAAAGUCCUAGCACGGAUGAAAUAUAUAAAAUCAUUGAGCGGGAAUAGUGCAGUUUCACAUGAACAAUAA